AUGUUGCCACCUGCUUCCACCAAUUUUCUCAAUUCAGACCGUGAUUUCGUCGAGACUUCAGGCCAUAUGAUCUCUGAAACCCUAGAGCUUGAUCUUAUUUCAGAAGAAAUUCCUGACAAUAGAAUACAUACCCCGCCGCCACGAAUAGCUGCCCGCUUUUAUCGACCGACCUCGACUCGUCGUAAAUCAUCCGCCGCAUCUUCCCGUCGCAGCUCAACCUCAUCGCUGCACUCCCACCAAUCAGUUUCUCGCCAUGCAGAGCCGCAAAGCAGCUUUAUCGCCCAGCAUCAGCGUCGUGCUUCCAUUAUAGAAGAUAAGAAGGCCCGACUGGCCGAUCGGGCUGCACAUGUAGAUAAGGUUCGCCUGCGCGCGGCUUUCUUUAAGGCGACGCCACGCUCCAAUACUAAUCGAGAGGAACGGGCUUUGGCAGCACAGCAGGCGAGGGAGAAGAAUUUGGCAGAAAUUGUGGCGACGUGUGCAGAAGAAGUGAAGCGAGCCAAGGGAAUUGCGGAGAGCAUGCGUGAAAAGCGAGAAGCUGACGGAAGAAAACUUCGCAAGGAAAUGGAAGAGAGGCUAGCUGAAGCAGAACGGCGAAGGGGAGAAAUUCUUAAUCGAGGCGGCAGUGUAAAGAGAGGACGCUCCCUGAGUCAGUCGCGAAAGAGUUCAUCCCCAUUUCUAGAAACUCGAGAAACUAUCGGCCUAGAUGCUGCAGCCCUUCGCAUCCAGAUGAUAUGGAGAGCUCAUCAAGCCAGGAAAUCUGUCAAAGAAUUUCAGGCUUUUAAUCUGAGCAUUGAGGCUCUCGGCAAUAAAUCGUUCGAUGAAAUAACUGAUCUCCUCGAACGAGAGCACGUACUUCUCACGACGGCGCGUAUCUUGAGACUGUGUGGUCUCAAAGGUGCCAAGGCAGAAUCGGUUCAGGAAAUUGCGACUGUAAGGAGCUUUCUCAGUGCCUUUCUGAUAGUUGGGCAUCCUGCGCAAACACUCAGCAAUAAGACCCAAGAUCAGUACCUAUGUCAGGAUCUGGUGAACAAAGCGCGAGCACUUCUUUUAUCGUUCGAAACAAUCCUUACGCGCUUUAAUCAGACAAAAUAUACUACCGUGUCCUCCAUAAACUCAUCCGAAUUCUCUCAACUAUACAUGUCAUUUUUCACCGCAUUCAUCGCAUGGAAAGCGCGAGACUCAGAAGCACUUAUCAACAUAUUAAUCGUACAAUUCACCGAACUCGAAUCAAUAUGGCUAUCGGUAAAAAGCAGUUCCGAAAAGGCGGUAGCGGAAUCUUACAAAGAUGGUAUUCGGGGCAAUCAAAUAAUUCUUAUGGCGCGAAUCAAACGCCUCGCCGGUGAAAAAAGGUAUAAGCAAUUAAUCUCUCAAGCCCUUAAAAAAGCUCAUGCAUCGCAUUCGAGCAAGAAAUCGUCACGCAUACCACCGCCACAGAAGGUACAGCAGGCGCUGCCUGCCACAACAACGACUGAUGAUCUCAUUAUUGUCGAGAAAACUAUGGCGGCUGCUCUACAUACACUAACGCCGCCGUCUCCACCUCAAAACCCACCAUCCUCACAUGUCGAUACCAUCAGAUUUGCUCAACCCCCUAUGCAAGGAAACCGGAUAAUCACACACGAAAUAGCCAUUGACAAAGAGUACCGAAUUGGCGAAGAUGUUCUUGCCGGAAAGAGUGCAGUCAUGCAAUCGGCAUUUGAAAAUAUGCGCAGAGAUAUAGCGUCCGGUAAUUCUGAUAUAUGGAUACUCGCUAUGGCCGAAAAUGUACGAGCUAAGCUCCAAAAGUUGCUCACCGAAGGAAAACCCCUACACUCUUCCAUUGGAGAAUGGCUUGACCACGAUCUUAUCGCAACCAAGCUUCGGCAUCAGUCAUUUUCAUGCGAUAAGUUCUUUGAGGAAAUGGGCCAUCUUCUUCCUAAGCUAUGUGCGCCAUUUAGGGACUCAGAGAUUCAAGCAAUAACACAGGAGAAGUUUCAUGACCCGGAUAUUGUCUCACGUUUAGAGGCCCUCAUGUACGCCCUCGAUAUUCUACAACUAGACUAUGCCAAUUUUCUCCUACAACGCCAGAUACCGUUGAUUCUAGAUAAUGCCGCCAAAUAUGAGACCUACCAAUUCAUGCAGCAAAUGUCAAAGCAAGGAUCUUCCCUUCGUUCGACGGAAAUGGCAUGGAUGCGCGCACGGCAAAAAGUGAUGUCUGAAAUAUCAAGACGGGACCCCGAAAAUAUCAAGGUACCCUGCAACGAUGCCACCGCUGAAAAAGUUUACUCGCAAAUGCUAGUCGAUACCUUCACCACCCCCAGCGACCCAGCUGAUAUCCCGGAGACCCUAAAGCUCGACCAGCAUCGCAUUCUACGGAUUCGAACCGAAGUGAUACGUAUUGUCACCUGCGGGGCAAUUCUACUCCAAUGCAAAAACCUUCUGAAGAGAGAAGUUCGUUCGCUUUGGAAGACCGAGGCAACUCGCAUUUAUUCGGUACUUGAGAAUACAAAAAAUUUCGAGCAGGCUGCUCAAGGAAUCCAGGCGGCCCUAGAGAGCUCUCGGAGUAUGCCUAAUGCUACUAAAACCUUAAUCCGCAAUCUUGUGAACCAAACUAUCACUGCCUCUGAGGCAACACAAACAGAGCCUAGAGAUCCUGUUCUCCGUCUACUCCUGACUAGACUGAGAGGUCAUAUUCUUAUCAGGGUAGGCGCUAGGACCGAAAGGGAAAAGCAUCAUAGCUCGAGCACAGCCGGCGAAAACCUCACAACCUUGGGAUUACCUGAAUUCGCACAAAGGGUUGGCGAUAUUGUCCAUGAGAUCUUACGAGUGGCCACUGUUGACCGUGAAGCGCAUGGCCAGUGGUAUGAGCAGAUCAUAGAAAAGUUUAGCGUCAAAUUGACUUCAGGCACCAAUGAAAUGGAAAUAGAUCCAUCCCUGUGCGGCUCAGAUGCAUGA